CGUUAGGUGUGUUAGUCAGUGCGAACCGUGCGUGCGACUUGUUCCUACAAGGAAUAUGACGAAGAAUAAACAACCGAAAUCAGGCACAACAAAGAAAUCUGUCAAAAUUGUGGAAAACAAGGAAACUGAUAAAUUGGUAGUACCUGUGAAGGCUGACUCUUUAGAUGACGAAGAUCAAGGGUUUGGAGGAUGGCUUAGGUCUGAGGAUGGCAUGGAUACUAUGAAGCUAUUUGUAUUAGCGAACAGCAUAGUGAUGGUUACAACUAUUGCUUACCCACACAUUCAAACAAUAUUCUCUGUGAUAUCAGAAAUGAUAUACGGUGACGACGAGUAUUACCGUGUCGAAUUGUAAUAAAACUAAUAAAUAUCCUUGGAGAAUUUGAAUUUAUAAAGAAGAAAUUACAAUAGUAUAUUAACUUUUUUUGUCAUUGAAAUGUGCCCGAGACUGUUAAAAGGCUUUUGACUAAAAAUAUAUCUUUAGUAUUGGUUUUCAGCUUCUCUAGUUCUAUACAUAGUAUUAAGAAUUACCAACCAUGUUUCAUGAAUAAUUUUAUUGCAUUUAUGGAAACGUGGUUUUGCAAAAAGACGUGUUACUUGAAAAUAACACAUAUUUAAAUAUUGAAAAUGCUUGGUUUAAUAUUUCGUGUUGUUUUUUCAUUGGGCGUAGUUGUUUGGUAUUCAAUAAACGUUUGGAAAAUGAUUUCCGACUACUUUAAUAAAGAGUUCCAAAGAAUGCUAUUAAAUGUAACGGAAGAUGAUAAUGAUGAACUGUAAGCUUAUUAAUAGUACAUUACUACAGAGG